CACAGACUACAACAUAUCAUUUAUAGCGAGGGAUUAUCGCAAAUCGUAAUAGGAGUCACGAUGGGCCUAAAGCUUCUUUAUGGAAUAAUGUUGAUUGCCCUUUUCAUAAACGAAGGUAAGAAUGAUUGUUAGUAUUUUAUAUAGUCGCACUUCAGGUAAUUGCACCGAUUCUCUUGAUGAGCAGAGAGUUUCGAAUAUCGUAAGCAGUAUAACAUAUGAUGGUGAAAACACAUGGUGGAAGCAAACUUUCUGUGGUAAGCACGUAGUUUUUGAUCCUGGUAACGACUGAGUUUCACCAGGAAAUCGAAUCACUUAACGUUUAUAGAAGGGGCCUGUAGGACUUUUUUAAUUGUUCUAGUUUGCACGGGCAGAGAUUCAUUUUCAUAGGAUAUAGGCCUCUAAAGUAUCAAUGUGAACAAUUAUAAUUUUUGGCUCUUGGUUUCAAAAAGGUAUUGGUAAAUGAAAUGAGAAAUGAAAAAAAAACCAGGACCUCUAACUUCAACUGUACCCAAGUGAAGGUCCUAUUGGCGCGCACAUCCUGUUUUAAGCGGCUGCUGUGCGGUUUUCCCGUCACCUGAAAAAGUUUAUUAACUUUGUGAAAUAACCCUCAAGAUAUUUCCACUUCAGCGUUCUUGUCGUACAUUUGAAAUUUCAGAAACUGGAAUCGUUUUUUUUGGUGGCAAAAUCAAACAAUUUGUACAAUUUGUUGGCCUCCUUGCACCCAAGAAAACUUUUAAGUUUUUGUUAAAAUAAAUACUUGUUUAAGCUUCUGAGUGUUCCGUGUUUUGCUUUAUUGAAACGAAACUGUGACAACCAUUUUAGGAGAAUAUUGACUUGCCAUAGGAAGUGUCGCAUUUUGUAAUGUUGCAAGAACAACUCAAAGUUCAAAAUACAAAAUCACGAAACAGUAAACAAUUUUUUGUUUUGUCAGAAUAUGAUACUGUGACGGCAACAAAAACUAAUAACACUAAAGUACUGCCUUAAACUGAAUUCCGGUUAAACUUUUUAAAGGGCCUUGUGUAAUCUUGACAGACUGACGAGAAACUCUGGCAUGGUUUUCCCUCGGGCUCUUCUUUUCAUUUAUUAUAUUUUUUUUUCAGCCACCCAAGUGAUAUGAAAUUAGAGAUAGCUAUUUAGUACAACUAAGAAAUGCUCGGAAAAAAAUUCCGAGUUCUUUUCGUUUUUAGUAUUGAGCUUGGAAGGAAAGAUUUUAGACUACAAUUCAUCCAAAAUCUUAAAGUCGAUUAAACAGCCGAGCAGUUGUCUACAAAAUGAAAGUAAAUCAAGAAUAGGGUAUUCUAUAUUGUACAGUUGGAGAUGGGAAGGUUUCGUUUUUGAUUUGUAUGAGGGUGAAAAAUCCACGCUCACCCCAUGCAAACUUGUUAUCACAACUGAAAGGCUUUACAACUUACAAGAGAGUUACAAUGUUGUAUUGCAAAACCUUUGACUCUAAUUAUCGUUAUCUUCAUAGCAUCGUUACCGUUUUCAUUAUCAUUAACGUUUGCGCAAAUAUAACUUUUUUUUUAGCUACGCCUAAAACCUGUUCAUGUUUUUCCAUUCACGAAGAAGGCGUCACAUGGCCUGACGCCAGGAAGUCUUGUCAAUAUCAUGGCGGAGAUCUUGUAUCCAUAGAAACAGAACAUGAAUGGCAAGUCCUAAAAGGUCAGAUCGAAAACAGGACAAACAGGUUUAACAACAGUUGGUACAUCGGUUUGCGAAUGAAGUCAAGGGGGAUCUGGACCUGGGUGAGUGGAAAACCGCUGACUUUAAACCAAUGGCAUGGAUGGAAGCCUCGUGAUGGUGCACCGUACGCGGUUAUGACUAAGACCUUCUCUCCAGGAACUAAGGGACUCUUCAGAAACGUCAAAGGAUCCAUCUUUGCCGGCUUCAUUUGUGAGAAACCUGUCGGUAAGUGAACUUAACAAUCGCAAAUUACGAUUUAACAAAAUAAACACCCAAAGUAAUUUUGUAACAAAAGUAAGAGCGAGUUGAUACAUUUUUUGAACAGGAGUGACGGUCUUUCCGUUUAGCGUGCUUAUAGAUGUUUUCCUUUCUUUCUUCACUCACCAAUUCAGGCGAAUAUUUCAUUUACUUCCUUAGAAUUUAUAUUAAGACACUAAAGUACAAUAAUGAGUUUCCCGACCUUUCUAAAUUGGCAAAAACUGUGACGUGCUUCUGAAGAAGAGUUUCAGUGUUUUACAAAAAUAAUUUGCCGCCAAUGACUAAAAUAACUAGUUCAGCCAAGUUGAAGUGGCCAUUGUUUCCUUCAUAUAUGAAUUUAGAUAAUCUCGCCUCCUUUUGUAUGAAGUAGAAAUGGGAAAGGAAAAGUCAGUCAGUGGAACCACUGAGCAUCACGUACAUCCACCAAUCUAUGAGUACUGACGUACAACGUCUAAGAUCGUUUUACAUGACUGCAUUUAAACAUAAUAGACAUAAUUUCCAAUAUUUCUGAGAUACCUGUCAUGAGAUGAGUGUGUGGGAAGAUUUUGUUGGUUUCCGUUUGCUUGCGAAGUGCUCUAAGUUUGGGUAGUUCCACCGAUACGAAACACCGAGAUGAUCAUGCCUCGCUCCAUAAAGUUGAAAGAAAGCUAAAUAUGGUAAGCCUGAAAUUGUUCCGCGAUCUGCCUUUAAACAAUCCAUUUUUAAAUACUAAUUAAAAACCAAUUAAUCUUCAAAAACCAUAGAUACUACAAUUUUUAAAAGCCAAAUCCGUUUAUCUUUUAGCAUAUUAAUCCUCCUUCUUUAGAAAAUCGAGCACCGUUUAUGACCAAAACAUAGGUUGUAAUCCUUUCAACUCAGCUGAUUGGAACAAACAAAAACUCCACUUUAGCAAAAGUAAGAGAUUAGGAGUCUACAGAAAGGAAGAGUGAAGGAUUGACGUAAUCCACCCUCAUUAUAGAAUCACGUAUGUCUAUUUACCACAUUUUAAAUGUCAAAUUACUUUUUAAAAUCUUAAUUGUCACACCGGAGUUCUGUACAACUAAUUUAACAGGUUAAAAAACCUUGAUCAAUUUAUUAUACUGGUUAUACUGUUACUGUGACUGUACAAGUUUGUUAGUAUCUUGCGUUACUGAUUUGAUUUUUCAAAGUCGUCAGUUUUCCUUUUUUAACACAUCUUAAAAGCUUUCAUCAAUUGUCAAAAUGCACGAAACUCAUAGUUAGUCACGCUAACUCUGCGCAAGGAAACCCUUUGUGCUUUGUUUCGACUAUAGUUUGCGUGUAAACUCGGUGGAAUGUUUUUGAAAGGCAUUAAAAGCGUGCGGCUUCGAGCAUUUCAGUCAAGGUUGUAAAACGUUUAUGAAAUCCCUCAUAGACACGUAAGUUUUAAUACUUAUACGGUUCUGUUAUUUAUAGCAAUUCGUUGUUAAGGACGUUAGUAACAAUUUAUCUAGUUGUAAACUAUUGUAUUUUAAUUUGCCAUUUAUCAUUAGUGAUUUCUCACGAGUUCACUGGGGACCUUUCAGCUGUAUUUAGAAGGCUGAAUAGUUUUUACAAACGUUGUGUUACUGUGUAAACCAUUUCUUAUCAUGUUUAAUGUUUAGAAAACUAAAAAUUAUUUCAUGUUAGCAAAACGUAAAUGUCCAAAUAACUCUUUAGUUGCUAAAUUGAAUUUAGUAUCAAAUACCGAAAUUUAAGAGAUAACUCCCAUCCAAGUCUAACUACUUGCCGCGGUUGUUAACGUGUAAGUUUUGUUUACAUUCUGCUCCUCGGUUUAUCAUAACAUUGACUUCUUCUGUAAUACACUCUCUACAGGCAAAAAUAGCGCGAGUUAUAUUUAUUUGUUUAUUUAUUUAUUUAUUUAUUCAAAAUUCACCUUUCCUUUGAAUGCUGAAAACAUCACUGACACUGGCACUAAAUAGUGUGAAAGGGAGAUUGAAAAGAGGAUAGGUAUCCUUUCACUCGUCCAUCCCAAGCCACUUGAACGUGUACCGUAAACGUGACCGAACUACAAGUCCCUUAGAAUGCCUUAAUUUUCACCUUCAGCAAACGCACUGCAGAUUUUAAGCUUUAUCCUUGGCCCCUUUGAAGUGACUCAUGACCAAAAUAACAAACAAUCGUAACUUUACUCUGUGUAGUGACAAAAACUUGCUCUACCGGAAAUUGUUUUAUACGGCAAUCGGUUGAAAGGACAAAACCGCCGAAUAAUGAGCCGGACAUCGAAUUUACGUCAUUAAUGACUGUCAUCCUUAGGCCCGUAUCAAACGUCGUGCUACUGCCGUGCCGAACUAAAUUGAUCGUAUUGUCGUAUUAAAGUCGACUUUAGCAGGACAGUAGCGCUACACGGCCACAGUAGCUUGACUUGGUUUCAAACGUCGCGCUACUACCAUGCCGAACUCAAUUCAUAAAUUAUAAAAACAUUUCAAUACAUUUAAAAGUUUGCUAAACUGUUUCUUUAUUUUUGUGGUCUGUUUUCGGCAACAGUCGUUCUGUUCGACUGAAUUUAAUUCGACGUCUGUACCGUUUAAUUUUCGUUUCUCCAAAUUCGCCGUUAAGGAGCCUAUACUAUAUUUUCAGUUUAAAACAAGACAGAUCAAACCGUAAAAGAUUUUUCUCUUAUUAUUUUAAAGUGUUUUGGUCGUUUUCACGCGACAUGAAACAGUUCCUUGGCAGGCAUGCACCUUCGCAUAUAAAACUGGGCCAACGUACAGGCUGCGUGCCAGCCUGUUACACAUAUUGAGACAGAAUGUCAUAGCAGACACUUGUCUUGCCUGAAUAGGCAAAGAUGACGCUCCGGAAGGGCAAUGAAAACCAAGCUAAUUUUGGUUUGGAGAUUUAGUGAACUCCUUCCUUAAGUCACGCAGAGAAUGACAAGUUGGUUUAAGGUCGUGAAAGAAAAUAUCCAGGAAAAGGUGUUUACUGGCGGUGCCAUGGGAGGAUUCCCAACAACGAUCAAGUUUUUUUCUUAAGGAAAAACAUUGUCAAGUUUUACAGUUUACUAGUUCACUCCUUGUCUUGAAAACUUCCUUGUAUAGAUCCAUGCACGCUAAAAUUAUAUUACUGUGAGCCAUCAACCGGAGCUGCGAUAAUACUGUAAUUCGCGUUUAACCUUCUCCCACAGAGUGUUCAAGCAAGCGUGUCAUCUGUGAAGAACAAGGAAAUAUCGUUCAAAGCAGGGAAACUUCUAAGCGGAGAAACUCAGAAUCUGUAGUUAUGGUUGAGAAAGGUAAGCUGGACAAACUGAGAAAAUAUUAACUUAUAAAUAUUACAAAUGCGAAAAUAUUAGUUGCCGUUAGUGAACCUUACUGAUACAGAACGUUGUAAUUACUUUAGGGGCUUGAAAGACUUCUCUUUCUGUAAAGAAAAUAAUAAUAAAAUAAAAAUAAUAAAUAAUGAAUUUACAAUUUUUUAAAUUAUUCAAUAUUUCUUUGCCUCCAAAAAUAAUUCGUGUUUUAAUAUAUAACGCUCUGUAUAUAAUUACAGUUGCGGUUUGAUUUUGAUUAUCUCAUAUCCAUCACUAUUAAAGUGCUGGUGAUAAAAGUAAUUGAUUUUCUAUAUAUAGAAUCUGCGGGCAGAAAUUAUUGACAAUCUAACUGACAAAUUUUCUAACUGAGAGCGUAAUUGGAAUUUUAGUUCUUUUUCUCACACCAACUGGUCCAUAGCAGGAUAUUUUUUCAUUCAAACUAUGUUCAAAAUAGGUAACAACUCGCUGCUUUGUAAAGCUAAUCUGCUUUAAGUUUUCGUCCAUUAGGAGACUUAUCGAUCAGUGUUGUCUAUAGUACGAGUUAUAUUUAUUUUAAAGAACACGAGGAUAUAGCGAAGGAAAAUGUAAUCUUUUAUAUUGAUGUUUUCCUCGUUUCGAUCAACAGUUUUUUAAAAACGAAAACUUAAGACGGAAUCCAUUAGGAAAUAGAGUAAUUUUCAUAAAAACCUUACACCAGAAUAUUUUAAGCCAUAUCUUAUGAUCGCAUUCUUUUUUACACUUUUCGAGGGCUAUAAAUGUAAUAGCCUGGAUGUAUGAAAGAACUCCAAAGGAAACUAAGUUUCUUAUGGGACCCGAGAAAACAAACUUCAGUGAUCACGAGCUUCAACUCACAAAUGAAAUCUUAAGCAUGAAGUUACCGAAGACCUUCGCUAACGGCCACUUCUCUAGCCUGAGAAAACAGCUGACAUCUGGCGACGCGAUCACUGGUUUCCCGGGCUGCCAAAUAACGUCUGAGAAACGAGCUCAGAAAUUCCAUACUGAUGACACGUCACUACCCAGAUCUGGGUAGUGCUUCUGAUUGGUUGCAUCAAAUUUCCUAUACAGCAUGACCAAUCAGAAGAGUCCCAACGGCUCUUGCCAAUCAGAAGCACUACCCAGAUCUGGGUAUUGACGCGUCAUCAGUAUGAAAUUUCUGCGCUCAUUUCUCAGACGUCAUUUGGCGGGAAAACCAGUGGUAGGGUCGCCAAAUGUCGGCUGUUUUCUCAGUCUACCGCCUCUCUACAAAGCUCUACAACGGCUACUUUUUUUCGUCCUGGCGGACAAAAAACUCUCUACAUGGUCACUUUCUUCUGUCCCCAAGGUGGCCGUCACAUUAAUGGCACUUGAAAAGUGUAAAAAAGAAUGCGAUAUGGCUUAACUUCUGAUGGAUUCCUUCUUCAAAAUGUUUGCCACCAGAUCACUUUAUUAAAUGAAAGAUUGAUAUGACAUAGGGGAUAAGCUUGGGGGAUAAACACAACCCAAAUAACCACAUUUCGACGUCCACUACACUUAUUAGUACCGUCUUCACACCUUGUCCAGAAAUAAACAUUGUGAUUGUAAUUUUCCCUAUUUUGAACAUAGUAGAGUUUUUACGUUUUUCAAAACUCUGCUCUGAAAUUAAUAUAAUAUAUAUACUGUCGUCGGACUCGACCAGGGCUGUUUUAGAACAUUGUUUUUUUUUUGGUUGUUGUUUGGAAUACAGCGGUAUAUGCAAACAAAACUUUACGUCUGAAAGGUAAGGUCCAGUGUACAACCUCCCUUUCCCUCAAACAAAAUCGGGGAUUGAGGGGAGGGGAGGCUGUACACUGAGGCUAUUGCAAAGGGGCAUUGAAGAAAUUCACUAGUCCACCUCAAUGUCUGAACUAGCCGAGCCACUACUAGUAGUGUGAAGGCAAUGGGCCAGUUAUUUAAACGGAGUUUAGCCACUGUUCAACAAAAUUGCGUUCUAAGCCGUUUACAGUUUGCUGAACGCUUUUACUGAAACACCAUUUAUCGUGAACAGUUUCAUCAGUAACCCGGUAAGGAAGGGAUCUGGAGGUCCUAAGUUAGACCUCGUUCAAAUAACCGGCCUAUUGGAUUUGAUUUUAUGGAUUUAUUUAUUCAUUCAUUAAUUGCAUGGUUAUUUUACUUAUUUAUUUAUUUUUGUUGUGAGCAAUUUACGGAAAAUUGACGAAGGUUGAGCUGGUGAAUUAUACUGUUUCUGAAUCGAAGGCACAGCAAGGGGCGUUUAACGAUACUGAUACAGGCAGUUAUUCAUAAUUGACGGGGUACCAAAUCCAGCGUCGAGGUAUUUCAGGAUGUUUUGAUUAAGGGAAAUAUCACUCUUCAAUAAUUUCAUAAAAUAUCGUUAAUGAAUUUCUCUAAUUUGAAGUAUUUAUAAUAAUUAUAAUGCAUUCAAUUCCAGGUCAACCUCCUAACGGAUACAUACAUUGGACGGUAGCUGUAAUUCCCCUGAGCAGCGUAAUCGCCGCCCUAUUGUGCGUCAUUGCUUUCCUUCUUUGGCGCCUGAAAUACAAAACGAGGAAACAAAUUGAGACCCAAAUAACUGUAAGUCCAAUGCAUUACGAUGUGCAAACCAGAUCCAUCCUGAAAGAAGUUAGGUCAAACGUGAAGAACGGCCAAGUUUCCAAUACUGCUACGCGGGUGCACUUUCAGGAACCUAACAAAGACACAGCCACAGGGAAGUCUGUAGACAUGGCAGAUGGUACAUCUUUGCUCCCAAACCUAGGAGAUCGUUCAAUUCCGAGGCGACUAGCAGUGAAAAGAAAAAGUAACUACAACGAGCUCGAGGAAAAAUAUCAGCUGGAUAAGGGCGAUGGAGAGGUGACAAAUAAAGUCGACUAUGCGAUUAUGAGACGCUUAGCAAUCAGAAGAAAGAAUAGUGACGAGCUUGAUAGCAAAUAUCCCUUGAAUAAGAGCGAGCAUGAGGCUGAGAAGGAAGAGAAAGAGAAUGUAAACUCGUAUGAGAACAAAGGUUAUCGACAUGAUGCGGGUGAUACGUUACCGAAAUCUCCUCAGGGAUCAGACUACAAAGAACUUCAUGAAGUUGUUUGA